CUUGGGAAAUGCUUGGCCUUCAAGCCUUGGGGCACUUGGAUCUGCACAGUGGAGAAGGGAUGUUCGUGCCCAUCCACCUUAGGAUGAUCAUCUCUGUUGGGAAUAUUUUAUGGUGUCCAAUCUAAUUAAAUAUCUUUGUAUUUGUGUAGUUAUUAAUUAAAUGUGUAAUAUGGGUCACAAAUGUAAUUCAGCUCAUUAGCUUCUUUGUAAGCCAUAAGUUAGUCAUCAUCUCCUAUAAAAGGAAGCUAACUUAUGCAAAACCUAAGACAUUAAAGAAUAGAGGCACACCAAGCAUAGAAUAGAUUUCACACUACUCUCUCUCUCUCUAAACGGAGAGCAGCGGCCGGUUUAUACGAUGUUCCAAGGUUCUCAACAUUUGUAGUGAUGGAUAUAUAUUAUCCAGGACCGGGGGUGCUCGAGAUUAGAUAUUUCUUGUAUUGGGCCUAGCCCGUUCUUUGUAUCGGCCCAAUGGCAUGUCAUACGCCCAAGGGUCCUAUUCAUAUUUGAUGUAUUCCUUGUAUUAGGCCUAGCCCACUAUCCCCUAGGUUGGCCCGAUUCUCCUUAUAAAUAGUCCAUGUUGUAACCCUCAAAGGAGAUCGAUCUAAUUCAUUGAUACCAUACACUUCUCUCUACUUUGUUCAUUCUCUCCUUCUUCUCUCUAGAUCUAGAUAUUAUAGAUCAUCAAAUUGUGCUUUCAUUGAGAGAUUGAACAAAAAUCAAGUUAGAUACUCCCUGAAAUUAUCCAAAAACAGUGAAACACAGUGGCAGAUUGGGAAAAACUUUAUCUGCGAUGCUGGAAUUUGGACUGGAAACACAAAAUUUGGGUUUUCACGAUUCCAGUGGAAGCGGAGGAUGCUGAUCAUCUUCUACACAAUCUCAGCAGCAUAGGAGUUAAGAUUUCGGAAUGAGAGCUACGAAUCUGAUCUAAAUCUCGUCCGACAGGAGAGGAGGCCACCACCAUCUCAUCCAACAUACUGGAAUCCCAGAUCUGGGAAAGGCGAGCGAGCAACCAUCUCCCGUUUGUUGUUCUACCGUUCCAGACAUGACCAAUCCUCACGCAAAUCUCCGGGAAUUGCAUUUGAUUUCUGCUCAUUGCUGGGACUAAAGUUUAUGACCUCCGCCAUUAAUGACUGGUGGGAAGGAAAACCGAGCUCAAACCUAUCCUCAACGUCCCAGACCAGAUGCUUCUGCUACCAUUAAUGGCGCCCAUUCCUCAUCCUCGACCAGCUGUGACAUUGCGACAGACGCGCGAGCUCCGACGCAGGAGGCAUCUCUUCCUCGCCAUUACCUUCAGUCGCCUAUCUCUGGCUCUCUGGUCCGUACCGCCUUCGGCAGUUCUGACUGAUGUUUUCGGCACCGGCAAACUUUACUGCUCUACUCCCGGUUGAAAUAGCGGCCACAAUAGAACGUGAGCGUUGACGAGACCGAACAGAGGAGGGAUAGGGGCUGACGUGGCUCUCUGUCCUCGACUUGAAAAACCGUUGUUGACUGACCCGGUCUAUGAGUUCUUGAAUUUCCCGAACAAGGUUGAAGCCGUUGCCACUUCCGACUUGCAGCUUGGAAUUCUGAGGCGGCAUUGGUUCACUCCCUAACCUGCAGAUCCAAAAUAAGGGCUAGACAACAAUGGUCCAGCCCGUCCUUGGCUAUUUCAAGAGCUAAGUGCACAAAUUUCUCACUCUCUUAGUAAACAUAGCAUUAUUUUUAUUUUUAUUAUUAUUUUUCGUCACCAUUAUUUAUUAGGGAUUAACAUCCCGAAUUAAAUAAUGUGAGUUAAUCUCAAGUGACAAAUAAUCGUCGUCAUUAAAUGAUUGUGAUUUUGUGUGGGCCCCUCGGUCCGCUUCCCGGUCCUCUUUAUUUAGUGAUCGGGGCAUCUUUUAAGGGCAUUGUAUUGUUCCGACGACACAUAAAUUCUGACCUUAGAAUACUAGUGACACUUUGGUACAUGAGGUACUCAUGGGAGUCAUUUCAAGAGACGUUUAUUGUCCUCUCAAAGCGCUUAAGACAACAUGCGUUAACGGGGAACGCCUAAACAGUGGGCUAGCCCCUUGGCCCGAGGGUCGUAUGGUACCCCGAGGGCUCAUAUUGAUCAUCAUCAAUGCCAAGGCCCUCAUAUUACGACCGCUCGCUCAGAGUCGGCGUUACCAUUUCCAGAUGGGCUCACAAUGCCUUAUCUUCAUCUCACGACCGGCUCCUCAACGUCGAGGCCGUAUUCAUAUUUCGGACUGGCAAUUUAGUGUCGACGUCCUUAUAUUCUGAUCAGCCUCUCACGACUGACAAAAUCAUCUUCGGACAGGCUCCCAACGCCUUGUUUUCAUCUCGCAAUCGAUGACUCACCUCCGAGGUCGUCAUAUUUCGGACCGACAAUUUAGUGUCAACGUCCUUAUAUUCUGCUCAGCCCUUCAGGCUGGAUAAAUCACCUUAUGGAAGGCUCAUAACGCCUUGUCUUCAUCUCACGACCGGCGCAUUAACGCCGGCGUCGUGAUCUCAUGAUCAGGCUCGUCCGUUCAACUUCGGGACGACGACCAUCAUAUUCAUAUUUUGGACCGGCUCCGCGCCAUUGUCCCAUCUCAAGACCGGUCUUAGCCAUUCCUUUAUCGGAUGGCGACUGUUGCUCAGAUCUUUGGACCGGUCCCUCAGUGCCGAUGUCCUUGCAUCACGGUAGGCCUUGGCCUCAACGUGAUUAUAUAUUUCAAGACCGGUCUUAGCCAUUCCUUUACCGGAUGGCGACCGCUGCUCGGACCUAGGGCUGGCAAUAUCUCCCGCGCUCGCGGAUAUCUAGUCAACCCGAACCGAAAAUAUGAACGAAAACCCGAAGAAAUAUGGAUGAAAAAUGGAUGAAGGGUGGAUUGAAAGACGAGUUGGAUCUGGUGUGGAUGAACACUCAUCCAACCCAUCACCCGACCCGUCACCCGCUCCAUCCACCCGCACCCGCUGACCCACAUAUAUAUAUAUAUAUAUAUAUAUACAUAUAUUAUAAUAUAUAUUAAUAAUAAUAACAACAAUAAUAAUUAAUAUUAAUAUAUUAACAGAUACUACGUAACUGUUGGGAUGUUGGGCCGCAGGCCCAAUACCCGGAUCCAAAGGACCAAUAUAUCCAGUCCGUUAAACGAGACCAGGAUCCAGAAGAUGAACAGGCUCAUGGAGAAAUAUGUACCGAACGGGGUUUGGGUCAACCAAUGUACUUGGGCCAGAUCAAUGAUGAUUCUAGCAGAGUCCACUACCCGUUCGGGCAGCGGGUAGCCAACAAGUGGGAGAGAGCAUUUAUUGCUAAAGUAUGGUGGCGGGAAGUGGGAGUAUAGACUUAAAGUGACCAGAUUAGCAACCAAUUAGCAUUGAGCACCCCAUACCCCCCAUUAGUAUAAAUAGAAUGAUUAAUUUCAUUGUAAAGGGUUAACUUCUUGAUACUCAAGGCCUAGAAUAGAUUUAUCUCUCUUAUUUCUUGUAUUAGUCACUAUUCCGAUGUACUGUUCGGGAAGUUUACUGUGUAAUCACCAAAUUACUUAAUACAAGUGAGCUUUUGAGUAUUCGAUUAUUCAUCUUUUAUAUUUCUUUAUACAAGUGAUUCUUGACCCAUUUUUCUGAUAUAUCCAAAGUUCGUGUUGGGCUUUCGGAUCUGGGGGACUAAACCUCAACAUUGGCGCCGUCUGUGGGAAAUUGAACAAAAAAUUUCACACCAAAACAUCAAACUAAUUUCAAAAUGGUUAGAAUCACUUCUCAUCACACCGGGGAAACUUCAGGAAGAUGUGGGGAAAGCCGGACCCCCCAAGGGCAAUCCAGCCGGGGAUCCUACCCACACUUUGAUGGGGAUUUCUUCAUUCCAGAAGCUCUGAGGAGGAACCCCCAUGCCAUGCGAGAUUUAGCUAAGGUCAUGCAACACCUGGCGGAUGAACAGGAUGGUGGACGAUCCAGCUAUACGGGGGAAACCAGGUACACAACCCCAUCUACGACGCAGUCAUUCGAUGAUGAUACCACCGAUGCAGAAAUACCACGACAUCAAAUCAUUCACGAGCCCAUCGGGGAGAGCGCAAAAGGACUCAUGCGUCCGGGGGAAGGCAUCACACUCCUAGUGACCACACCCCGACCGGGUCCCGGGCUAGAGGAGAUACACUGGUUGGUCGCCAUUUCUAUUCGGGAGAACGUGACAAUACGCGAUUCAGACAGGGACGUCAGAAUCAGAGAACAACCCCACCAGAAGGAAAUCGGGAGUUUGUUAACCUGGGAACUCCAGCACCACCUCCCCUAACGGCCCAAGAGGAAGAGAUGGCCGAAAUGAGGAGGCAGAUGAAUGAAAUGAGGGACCAAAUGAACAUGACGCCUCUACAACCUACCCCGAUGCGGGUUGGGAUCACUUCCCCCUUUACCCGGGAAAUAAUGCAGGCUGAAAUCCACAGGGAUGCCAAACCGCCGACCGAUCAGAUAUAUGACGGGGUGAGAGAUCCCCACGGGCACUUGAGGAGUUACCAAAGGGGGCUUAUGCUACUAGGAGCAUCGGAGGCGGCCAUCUGUCGACUUUUCUUCAGCACACUCAGGGGACCUGCCCAGGAAUGGUUCGGGACCCUGCAGCCCGGAUCGAUCAGCAACUUUGCCGAAUUGUCAUCUUUGUUCCUGGCCCAGUUUGCCUUCGGUGCCACCCCAAAACGACAUUUCAGUUACCUGACCAGUGUCAGGCAGGGCCCGAAGGAGACCCUAAACAAAUUCCUGAAAAGAUGGAGGGAUGAAACCCUGAAAGUUGGAAACAUGACGGAUGAUACAACCAUCACUCUAUUUACUAAUGCUCUCCGAACGGGUGAACUGUAACACCCUCGAAUUUCCCACCAAAAAAUACAUUUAAAUAAUGAUUUAUUGGAAAGUAUUACUAACUUUAUUUGAAAACAUCAGAAAAUGUGCAAUGGAAAAUUUAAAGGGAAAUAGGGGUGCUACCGCCACACUCGGUUUUCUCUUAAUCGAGUGCACAGGCUAAAACAACUUAAACUUCAAAAUCAAAAGUUCACUGAUUAAAGUUAUUGAAAAAGAAAUUUACAAUGAUUUACUAAUAAUGUUUUCUAGCGAAAGUUCUCUCUCGAAAUCAACUUCAACAUCGAUCAACUCAACACCUGUACAAAAUCAUGUACAGAAAGAAAAUAAAAAGAAACAAACAUUAGCAAUAAUACUAAGUAAGUCCCACCUAACCUUUUAAAAUAAUAAUAAUAAUAGUAUAUAUAUAAAUUCGUACAACCAUUAGUAUAAAAAUAUUUUCAAAACAAUUUAUAAAUCAUAAGAAAACGAUAUCUAUACAAAAUCACAAUCACAUAACUCGUGAAUCAUAAUAAUUCCAAAAUACAUGAAACACCAAAAUUUCCCCUCUAUUGAAUUUCUCCAAAAAUCACUUUGUAACCAACUUCCUAGUAAUUUAGAAGGGCGGUGCUCAACACUCUGGUUGAGCCCGGUGAUCCGUUGUUAUGUACAGCCACCCCGGAACUAUCGCCGGUACCACAACUGCUCCUUGGAAACGGAAACAACUACCUUAAGUUUGCACACCCCCUAGAGGUAUCCCAAGCCCUCCGGGUUAGUAAGUCGAUCCGGGUAGCCGGGAUGUUUUCUACCAACUACCCCACCUCAAAAUCUGAAUGAUUAGGAGCUACUACUACCACUACUACUCAAAAGCCGGGAUGUUUUCUACCGACCGUCAAUUCACCUCAAACCAAAACCAAUAAAAAUUGAGUAGUAGUAGACCUAACCACCCUCCACAUUUUAAGGGACGUGGAAAACCAACACCACAGAUUUCUCCCGUGAUGCUCACCCUUUAUGAAAAUAUUUAUUUUUCUUUGUUUUCUCAAAAUCAAUCGAAGUUUAUACUUCAAAAAUUUCCUUUUCAUUAAACUCCCACAAAGAUAACAAAUUACGUACUAUUACAAAAUCUCCCAAAUCAUAUAAAAUAACUCAUAUCAACAAAACAAUAUAUCAACUAAUAUCUCAAAUACAACCCUUUCAUAUAAUAAUAUUCACUCAAAUUCAGCACACAUAAAUUCAAUUCUCAAAUAUGCACACAAAAAAUAUUUAAAAGAAAUCACGAAGAAAAAGAACUAAUUUCGGUUGACGUGAAACUUACCUUAAGUCUCGAUGCUCCUAAUUCUCUUCUUCAAUUCCGGUCUCUAAAUAUACACCUUUUUAAUUAAGAUGAUAUAAUUAGUCACUUAUUCUAUUUGUAAUUAUUUAACCCGAUUUUCCCCAUUUUAUUUCCUUAUUCGAAUUUAUUAAUUUAAUUAAUUAAUUAUCCGAAUUAAUCCCUUUUUAUUAAUCAAAUUACCUUACUAAUUCAACAUUUAAUUAAUAUUUGAAUUCUAUAAUUAAAUAAAAUAUCCGAAUAUAAUUAACUACAAUAUCAAAUUUUUAAUUCAAUAAUCGCCAUUAGUUUACUCUACUCAUAAAACAUUAAUUAUAUAUUAAUAUUUUAAAAAUAUAGGAAACAUAUCCUAAUUGUUCUUAGUUAAACUAUUCAAAUCUUGCAACUACAUUAAUUUAUAUUAAUCAACCCUAUUAAUUAAUCUGAAUAUUAUAACAAUUUAUUUUAAAAAACUAAUCAUCAUUAACUUAAUCCGAUUUUAUUAGCUUACGCAAACACGUAAUAUUUCCAAGUCCGUAAUUAUGUUAAUUUGAUUAAUCUACUUCAAUUAGUCCAAUAAUUAGUGAAAAUAAUAUCUAUUCAACUUUAUUUAAUCUAAUUAUGGUACUAAGUCCAAAUAAUUAAUUAUUAUUUUAAUAUGAUAAUCGUUUAUUAAUUAAACCAUCAAUUCAUUUUACAAAUUUAUUAAUAUGUAAUUAUUCCAAAUAAUAAUUAACAAAUUUGUCCAAGUGAUUACUAUCAAUCAACCAAGCCAAUUUUAUCACUAGUACUUUCAUCCUAGAUUUUAUUAAUAACUUUUGCAGAUUAUUAAUAUUAUUAUUAUUAUUAUUAUUAUUAUUAUUAUUAUUAUUAUUAUUAUUAUUAUUAUUAUUAUUAUUAUUAUUAUUAUUAUUAUUAUUAUUAUUAUUAUUAUUAUUAUUAUUAUUAUUAUUAUUAUUAUUAUUAUUAUUAUUAUUAUGAUUAUGAUGAUUAUGAUUAUUAUGAUUAUUAUUAUUAUUACGAUUAUUACGAUUAUUACGAUUAUUACGAUUAUUACGAUUAUUACGAUUAUUACGAUUAUUACGAUUAUUAUUAUUAUUAUUUUAUUAUUUUUAUUAUUAUUAUUAUUAUUAUUUUUAUUAUUAUUAUCAUCAUCAUCAUCAUCAUCAUCAUCAUCAUCAUCAUCAUCAUCAUCAUCAUCAUCAUCAUCCAUUUGCAUUUGCUGACGCGUCCACAAGUAUCCGAGAAUUUUCGUGUAGGCCUUCAUAGAAAGCCGUCAUCAAGUGCCAGUUUUGGAUGUUGUGAUGUGGACACUGUCGCUGGAGAUCUUUGAAUCUUUCCCAAGCCUCAUAGAGGAGCUCAUUGGGAUUUUGCUUGAAAUUUUGAAUCAUUCUUCGGAUUUUCGCCGUUUUAGAUGACGGGAAAAAUCUUUUGAGAAAUUCACCAUGAAGUUGAUCCCAAGAGGAGAAGUGAUUAUCCGGAAAAGAGUCAAGCCAAUUUGAGCUCGAUCCCGUAGAGAGAAUGGGAACAGGCGUAGUCUGACAGCAUCAGCUGGCACACCAUAUGAUGAGCCAACGUUGAGUAUUUGAAACCAUAUGGAUGAUAGGAGGCUUGAUUUCAAAGUGAUUCAUGUUAACCUCUGGUGGAAUAACACUGUCAUGCUCAUCCACGGGAGGCGUAACAUAAUCAUACAACGGUUUUCUGGUUCUCAUAACCUGAUCCACGAUUUCUUGAUCGGGUACCUGCUCAUUAACAACAACAUCGGUUGACAUUUUUUUUUCUGUUCACGUAUGUGCUUUUCAAUGUCAGAGAAGAAUAACAAUUCACAAUUCGCACCACGUGAACGUGUGAGCAUAAGCAGAAGGGAAUUGGGAUUGGGAAAAGAGAGAGAUGAAAAGAAAAAAUAAAUGCAGAAUUAAUUAAUUAAUUAAGGUUCGCACGUAGUCAGUUGGUAUAACCGAAUAAGACUAGUGAGCCCUUAAAGCAGUAUGAAUAUAUACAGUAAUUCACCAGGAUGCGGCUGGGCCGACAAAUAUGGUGAUUUGAGGGAAGAAAAAAAUAGCUACAGUAAUAAAUACAGUCUCCACCAAGAUGCAGCUAUGCCGACAGUCUGGGGAUUAUUAAGAAAAAAAAAACAAAAAUAAAAAGUGCACUCCACCAACAAGUGGACACGGCCGACAAGCUUGGGGAUGCAAAAUUAAAAGACAAAUGCUGAAAUUAAAGUGCGAUAAUUAAAGUGCAGAAAUUAAAAAAGUGUGGGUUUGAACCACCUUAAAAAGAAAAAUAAACGGUCCGACCAUAUAGGCGGAGUAUCCUUUGAAUUAUAAUGUACAAACAAGCGGUCCGACCAUAUAGGCGGAAUAUCCUUUUAAUUAAAAUGUACAAGUAAGCGGUCCAGCCAUAUAGGCGGAUUAUCCUUUGAAUUAAAAUGUAACAAUAUGUUCAAUGGUCUGAAUGCCCGGAUAUGUUCAGUAAACAAGUCCAACUCCAAUGCUCAGGUAAGAGGAAAAAGGGGCAAAUAAGCCCACGUACUAACCCAAAAAGGUCAAAUAAGCCCUUAUAUAGGAGGCAAUGUCCGGCCGUCGUCAUUUGGGGCGGUUCCCGGUGGAAAUUUUUGAUGCAAUUCUUUGAGCAUAUUAUUCAUUAAGUCUAGUUUACUCAUACCAAAUGUCAGCUAAAACUUCAAUCGGGAAGGCAUUCAAAUGAAUUCUUGAAGAUAACUGCGCAGUUAAAAGUGCAGUGAUCUUCAAGAAUUUAUUUGAAUCCCUUCCCAAUUGAAUUGCUAGCUGAAAUUUGGUAUGAGUAAACUAGACUUAAUGGAUAAGAUUCUUAAAAACAUUCAUCAAAAAAUUCCAGCGGAAACUGCCCCAAAUGGAGACGGUCUCAUAAAGCCUCCUAUAUAAGGACUUAUUUGACCUUUUUGGUUAGUAACCUUUUUCCUAGGUAAUCACAGUCCAUUUUUUUUUUGGAACUUUAAUUAAUCACUUGUUUUUUGAACCUGCAAAAGUAAACAAGAUAACAACAAAAUAAUAUACACACAAUUUACAAUAACUAAAAUCAAAAGUUUAUGCUAUCAUUUUUUUUUCAAAACCGUUUCCCCGGCAACGGCGCCAAGUUGGUGUGUAGCAUAUAAUGGGCACACAACUAUUUUUUUUACCCAAGGAAGUAGGGUGUCGAACCACAGAGAAGCGGGAAAUAAAAUAAUUAAGCACAAACUAAGGAUUAAAGUUGGGAGUGCGUUUCUUUUGAUUUUUGUUUGCUUGGAAAAGUAAUUAAAUAAAAGUGAUUGAGAGAAGAGAUUUUUAUCAACACAAAGUUCAACCAAUAGCAAGUAGGGGUAGAAAUUGGCAACUAAUUGUUCAAUGCUCAUUUGUAAGACAUAAUUGCUAAUUCUAUUCUUAGAUAGACUGUGAGAAGUUGUAGAUAAAUAUUUUAGGACCCAACACAAGUCACCUAAAAUAAGUAACUAGUCAACAUUUCCCAGUGAUGGCCAAAACGAGACUAGUUGUUUAAGUGCAACGGCAACCUUAAUUAUUAACUAUAUUAUUUACCCAAUCCCGUGGUGUAAAUAAUAUAAUUAAACAAUUAAAUUCUCCCGUAAAACUUCAAUCCGGGACAAGUUAAAAGAAGUUUAACGGUGUGUUCAGAAAGUGUUCAUUUGUGUAUUUAACAAACAAUAUGUUUAUGAUUGAGUACUCAUAAUAUAUAUCACAAACACAACAUAAUUAAUUUUCUGGACACAACAAUCUAAAUAGAACAAACUUAACAAUUAAAAUCAAUACAAAUUAAAACAUUAUAAGAACAAUUAAUUAACCAAUUUCUAGCCCCAAAUUUAUUUAGCUAUACGUGUUGGGAAACAUAGAAAUAGAUGAAUCCAUGAUUAAAGUACAAGAUUUAAUGAGAUAAGGAAGAUCAAACUUGUGAUAGAUGACAAUCCUUGGAGCUUUGAUGCUAAUCUUGACUUAAUCUUGGAUGAGAAAGUGAUUAGUUAUGGUUGAAGAUAGGUUGAUGAUUUGGGGUUGAGAAAUGAAGAGAGAAGGAGGAAAUGUUUCUGGGAUGUUUAGAGAGAAGUUGGUCCGAGCUUAUUUGUGGAGUAAGAUGGACUAAGGCAAUAUAAUGAUAAGGUGAUUAAUCAUUAAUUGCUGGAAUUUACGGAAUAGAUGAGUUUAUGUACAAUAAAGCGCAGUAAUGUUACAAUAGUGUGUAGUAGCCCAGAGGAAUGCUUGAGGUCUUGGGUUCAAUGCCCGUUAGCUUCUCCUUUUAUUCCUUUUUUUUUAAGUUGGGCCUGAAGCAAUGUAUCGAACUUUCAACAAAAUAUUUCAACAUGGUUCAUUUAGCUCGUUGGUAAACUAUGCUCUUUCUUGCUGCAUUGAUCAGGGUUCAAAUCCCAUCUGUGUCUUUAUUACUUUUUGCUACUUUUCUCCAAUUUACUCCUUAUUUGCUUUGAAGGAAAUUUCACUUUUGUUAUCCUCCAACAUGAACUUUUAUUUUCUUCAUUUCUCCACGCUAAAUGCAUCUCACCAUCUAAAUAACAUCAAAAGUACCUGAAAAUACCAAAUGCACGCAUAGGACUGCACAAAUACAAAUUAACGACAAAUAAUAAAAAUAUGUACAAAAGUAUAACUUUAAUAACUAAAAUUAUCAGCAAACUAGGCCUAAAAAUUGUGUAAAAUAUAAGCAUAUCAAUUGCAUUUUAGGAGUAUAUUAGUAUUUAAAAAUCAAGUUUGUAUUUUAUACACAAAUUAAAAGAAUAACUUUUAUGUGAUAUGUAUAAUUGGUACUUGAUAUAAAACAUCAUUUUCAUAAUUAUUAUAAGACGUUAUUUCUAUUAUCGAAACAUAUUUAUCUGACUAAAACGUCGUAAAUUUAUAAUUUUUAUCUGAUUGAAAUGUCACA